GAUGACGGAAAGCAUCAGCUCUUGCUCCGGAGAGAUUAAGGCCUCUUCCUCUUCCUCUUGGCUCCUCCAUUUGACCGUAUUGUCUGGAACCUUAUUCCUGUGAGUAAGAGAGAGGGAAGGAGAGAUGGCUGAGUCUGUGGUUUCCAAUGUCAUGUCUCAGCUUGCCGACCUCCUCGUACAAGAAGCUGCUUUCGUGCGUGGUGUGCGUGAUCGGAUCGAAUGGGUGAAAACACAACUCCAGCUACUGCAAGGUUUCCUCGAAGAUGCAGACUCCAGAAGGAAGAGAGGAGAUGCAAGAAUGGAGAGCUGGAUAAGGCAGAUGAGAGGUGUAGCAUAUGAAAUAGAAGACGUCAUAGGCAGCAUCAAGUACAUGGGCGAGAGGCGACACCAAAGGAGAGGCUUCAUGGGCUCCAUUUCAAGGUACUCUCACAAACCUUGUGAAUUGAUUACCCUACAUAAAAUUGGUUCUGAAAUCGGAAAAAUAGUGAAGAAGAUCGAUGGUAUCACUGAGAGCAGAGCCGCAUAUCGCAUUGCUAAUCUAGGUGAAAGUAGUGCAGUAGGCGAAAGUAGUGCCGUAGAUGAAAGUUGGCAAUCACUCAGAGAAUCCUCUCCUCGCUCUGAUGAUGAUGACAUUGAUGUUAUAGGCUUCGAGAAUGAUCAGAAAGAAUUAGUGAGUCGAUUGCUUGAUGGGAAUGAGAAAGCACGACGUGUAAUUUCUAUAGUGGGUAUGGGUGGGCUAGGCAAGACCACCCUGGCAAGAAAAGUGUAUAAAGAAAUUACAAAACAUUUCGAUACCUUUGCUUGGGUUUCAGUUUCUCAGAGCUACCGAGGUAUUGAGCUCGUCAAGGACAUCAUGGAAAAAGUAAUGAGAAUCAAAAAGAAGAAAGAAGACUUAGAGCAGAUGGGUGAAAAAGAAGUGAGAGAGAAGCUCUGUGAUUUCCUAAGAGACGGCAAGUAUUUGGUCGUGAUGGAUGAUGUAUGGAGUGUUGAUGUUUGGAGAGAAAUGCAUCCAUUCUUUCCUAAUGGAAACAACGGUAGCAGAAUACUGCUUACUACACGUAACAUUGAGGUUGCAAGACAUGCCGAGCCAUGGAUUCCUCCACAUGAACUGCACCUUUUAGACGACACGGAGAGCUGGAAUCUCUUCCGUAGGAAGGCAUUUCCACCAAAACAAGAUGUCCCAACUGAUUUGGAGGCAUUGGCCCAGAAGCUUGCAAAGAAGUGUGGUGGACUUCCUCUUGCACUGGUGGUGUUAGGGGCCCUUCUGUCAAAGGAAGAUCGCAGCUACCAUGAGUGGUCGAGAGUAGCUCAGACUUGCCACCAAAUAUUGGGUUUAAGUUACCAUGACUUGCCGUCUCGGUUAAAACCAUGUUUUCUAUACAUUGCUGCGUUUCCAGCGGACUCUAUUAUCUCUGUUUCCAAAUUAGUUAGGUUGUGGGUCGCCGAAGGUUUCAUGCUGCAAGAGAAGCGACAGACAAUGGAAGACACCGCAUGGGAUUGGUUGGAUGAGUUGGUGCAGAGGUGCAUGAUCCAAGUUGUCCGGAGAAGCAAGGCUCGUGGGCGGGUUAGCCACAUACGCAUCCAUGAUCUGUUGCGUGACUUUGGCCUUGAAGAAGCCAAAAAGGAUGAAUUUCUUCAAGUUUGCAGCAGUGACAACAUGGCAGUAUCUGAUAGUAUAUCAAGUCAUCGUGCAGCUUUCUAUCGUAUAAAUGAGGAGGCUGUUGUUUUCUCACGGCAACUCCGGACUUUGCUGGGCUUCAGUUUAAUUUUGACUAAUGAGGGAAGAUUUUUGAAUGGGUUAAACUUAUUAAGGGUGCUGGAUCUGGAGGGCGCAAGAGAUCUUGAGGAGUUACCGAAACAGAUCGGCAGCAUGAUUCAUCUACAAUACCUGGGAUUGAGAGGAACUGGUUUGACAAGACUGCCAUCCUCCAUCCGACAUCUCCUGAAUCUGCAGACUAUGGAUGUGAGAGAGACCCAAAUUUUAUGGAUUCCGAAAUCAUUUUGGAAAAUCCGGACGCUGAGGCAUGUCUAUAUUAAUAUAAAUAUGUUUCUAAGUGCACCGAUAAGUGGUGAUCACAAGAACUUGCAGACUCUGCAAAUCGAGAAGUUUGAAUUUGGUCUGGAUGCUAUGGAUAUGGUCCGUUUACUAGGCAUAAGAUUCAUCAAAAAAUGGGUUACUACACCAGGCUUUACUAGGGAGGCGAUUUACAAAGCAUGUUGUAGAACUUAUGGAGAAUCACUCAGAAAAGCACUCGAGAAAAUGGGCAGUCUCCUCUCCUGGAAUCUGAAAUUUUCUCCAAUCCCUGGGGACGUCCUUUUUGCUCGGGCACCAAACCUGCACCAGCUCCGUUCAUUGAAGCUGGAUGGAAAGUUGGUACUCGAACAACAGGAGCAGCUCCCAGACUGCAGUCAAUUCCUACCAAACCUUACCAAGCUCAAAUUAAGCAUAACCCAAUUGAAGCAAGACCCAAUGCCGGUGCUGGAGAAGCUUCCGAGCCUCAGUUUUCUUGAAGUGGAAAUAAAUGCAUUCGUAGGGAAGAGCAUGUUGUGUUCUGCAGGUGGCUUUCCUCGACUGCAACACUUGAUAUUAGAAAGUCUCCCCAAUUUAGAGGAAUGGAGAGUGGAGGCUGGGGCGAUGCUCAGCCUUACCCACUUAACUAUUUGGAACUGCAAAAAGUUGAAGAUGCUUCCUGAGGGAUUGCAGCAUGUGACCACACUUCGAGAACUGAAGUUGAAUCUCAUGCCCCGUGAGUUCAAUGACAGGGUCAGAUGUAAGGUCCGACACAUCCCCUCCAUUAUUUUCGAAGAUGAGUGACCAUGAUAUAAUAUCACCAGUACCUGGUGAUUACUUUAAUUGGCGUUUACUGAAGUGAUGAUUUAGUCAAUAAGGUUCUUUGGCUUUCUUUAAUAUACACAAGGCAACAUUUCUAGCUAUUUCUUAUGGAACCAUGGAACUCUUAGUUGUAUUAGUUUUUUAUUUUUCAUUUCCACAUCAUAUGUUUCUUUAGAUUUGAUGGAAUUAUUAAUUUUCUGUAACGUAUUUAAUAAUGCUUUUGA